AUGUCUGGUCAGCGUGCAUGGGUGCUGGCGCUGGCAAUCGCCUCGGCCGUCUGGGGAAUCGCGCAUGCUGAGACGCUUCACGACUUUGAUGACGAUGUGGACGACAGCGUCGAGCUCGUCGACGGCGACAUGCACGACAUGGACGACGUGCACGAGGGUGACGAUCAGAUCGAUGGCAUCGAGCAGGAGGGCGGUGAGCAGUCGCUGAGCGCCGAUCAGAUGCACGGCCUCCACAAAAAGAUAGACGCGAAUGGCGACGGAAAGGUUUCCAUGGCGGAGCUCUUGGCUUUCUCGGACAGCACGCGGAGGCAGAUCUUGGAGACGGAGGUGCAGGCCGUUCUGGAGGAGAUGGAUCUCGACAAGGACGGAAAGCUGAGCGUCCAAGAGCUCGUCAAGGACCUGCAUUCGUGGGGAGGCGAAGACGUCAAGCAGGAUGAGCACGAGGCCGCCACGAUGAAGGAGGUGGAGAUCGCGAAGUUUGGCGCAGCUGACACGAACAAGGACGGGCUGCUGGACAUCCACGAGCUGCCCGCCAUGUUCUAUCCAGAGAUCAACGAGGGCGUUCUGGAUCUCACCGCUAAGCAGACGCUGCGGCAGAAGGACGGAGACGGCGACGGCCUGCUCAGUCUGCAGGAGUUCUGGCGUGACGGCGCCCCCUCGGAUGACGCCCUGAGUGAGGAGGGACAGGAGCCUCUCAUCAUGGAUGGUGAGCAGGAGGAGUUCCGAAAGAUGGACGCUGACCACAGCGGCAAGCUGGACCUGCAGGAGCUGAAGGCGUUCGAGUCCGGCAGGCUCCACACCGAGGAGGCCAUGAAGUCGUUGUUCGAGCUCGCCGACAAGGACAAAGACAUGCACGUGACCGCGGAGGAGCUCGGGGCCGCGCGGAAGCAGCUUGCUGGCAGCGAGGCCUACUACCCCUUCGUAGAGUGGGCGGACCACUUCGUCGACGAACUCUGA